AGUGUUGGUGCCCCUGCCGCUCCCGGUGUUCCGCGCCCUGCCGCCGCCCCGCUGUCACCAUGGAGGCCAUCAAGAAGAAGAUGCAGAUGCUAAAACUGGACAAGGAGAACGCCAUCGACCGCGCCGAGCAGGCGGAGGCCGACAAGAAGCAGGCAGAGGACCGCUGCAAGCAGCUAGAGGAGGAACAGCAGGGCUUGCAGAAGAAGCUGAAGGGCACAGAGGAUGAGGUGGAGAAGUACUCUGAGUCCGUCAAGGAAGCCCAGGAGAAGCUGGAGCAGGCAGAGAAGAAAGCUACAGACGCUGAGGCUGAAGUAGCUUCUCUGAACCGCCGUAUCCAGUUGGUGGAGGAGGAGCUGGACCGAGCACAGGAGCGCCUGGCCACCGCCCUGCAGAAGCUGGAGGAGGCUGAGAAGGCAGCUGAUGAGAGCGAGAGAGGCAUGAAGGUCAUUGAAAACAGGGCCAUGAAGGAUGAGGAGAAGAUGGAGCUCCAGGAAAUGCAGCUGAAGGAGGCGAAACACAUAGCAGAGGAGGCUGACCGCAAAUAUGAGGAGGUCGCCCGCAAACUGGUUGUCCUUGAGGGAGAGCUGGAGCGCUCAGAGGAGAGGGCAGAGGUGGCAGAGAGUAAAUGUGGUGACCUAGAGGAGGAGCUGAAAAUUGUCACCAACAACUUGAAGUCCCUGGAAGCCCAGGCUGACAAGUAUUCCACCAAGGAGGACAAGUAUGAGGAGGAAAUCAAGCUUCUAGGGGAAAAACUGAAGGAGGCUGAGACCCGGGCAGAGUUUGCAGAGCGAUCUGUGGCGAAGCUGGAGAAAACCAUUGAUGAUCUAGAAGAUGAAGUGUAUGCACAGAAGAUGAAGUACAAAUCCAUCAGCGAGGAGCUAGACAAUGCACUUAAUGACAUCACCUCCCUCUGAGCCCCCCACCGGGCACCAUCACUGCACCCACCUGCCUGCCUCACCCCUCCCCAGCUCAGCUGCUUGCCUGCCCAGCCAUCCCACCACUCUUCCUGCCUGCUCUGUCCCCUCUGUCCUUCCCAGCCUGCACCUGUCUGUCAGUUCCUUUGAGACAGGAGCCAGCCUGGGGUGUUUUUGCAAUACCUCGCUUUGUGGGGAGAUGAGAUGUAGGUGCUUAGGGGUGUUUAAUGGGGAAGGGGAGCAGCCCCCAGGACCCACACACACUGGGUGGAUGGUACCCAUGCAGUUGCAGGUCCAUGCCGCAGCAUUGCCUGGUGGGGGACAGAGCUGCGCCUAGGAGCCCUUCACUUCAGUAGCUCCCUCCUCUGCUCCCUAGCAUCAUAAGCACCAGGGACCCUGCAGCUCUGGUGCUGGGGGGACACCUGCCCUCAUAUUCCCCCAGCAAAGUCCCCUGGUUCUUCUUGCUGAGCCCGGGGGGGGGGGGGGGGGCACACAGGGGAAGUGGCACCUCCACCACCAAAACAGAGAGGGCUUAGGCUUGGGGGACGGAGGAGGGGGUCCAGCUGUGCAGGCAGCCCAUCCCCAGGCAGGCAGUCCCCAGACCCUCUGCCUCCCUUCUGUCCUUUGCACAUCGCUCUUCAGUUUGCAUUUCAUGACUUUUUCUUUUCUGUUCUGUCCCUCUGGGUUACUGAAUUGGUCUCAAUAAAGCAUUUUGUCUCCUCUGUUUCUCCUUUGUUUUCUUCAUGCUGCUCUGUCCCUCAUCUGCCUGUCUCACACAUGUGCCAGCAGCUGAAGUGGUUGCAGGCAGCUCACAGCCACAGGACCUCUGGGAUGGCAGCAGCUGAGCCCUGGGCAGUUCCCACACUGCCAGGCUGAGUGGGAUGGGGCCCUUUGUGCCUCCACCCAGGGGAUGACCCUCACCACCGCCUGGCUCUUGGACACAGCUUUCUUCAUCUCCUGUCACCUUCUCCAUGACUCUUUUGGCCUGAAAUAGCAGGGUUAGACUUGGUCCUGUCCAUUCCUUGUCCCCACUCCCAGACAUUGCCCACAAGCAGCAGUCUCAGCCCUGGCAUCUCUCCUGCAUCACUCUCCCAUGCCGAAGGGACUGACUCUACUCUUCAGCUGUGAUCCCUGGCCCUAAACGGGUCCCUGAUCAUCCUCCUCCUCCUUCCUCAGCAUCCUACCCUGCCCCACAACUCUGUCCCUGAAUUGAUGGACCUGCAGCCCUGUUCCUGCCCCAGGACCGCCUGCCUCUUCCUGCCAGCCCAGCUCAUUCCCCAAUGCUGGCUGGGAAGAAACAGGGUUUCCAGCAAGGGCUUUGGGGAAUGCUGUCUCUUCACUAACUUGCCUUUCUCUCUGUCUCUCCCCUCUGCUGCACUGAUGUCACUGUUUUCUCUAGAGUGGUCCCAGCAGGAGGCUGAGAAAAAUCGGGUUCUCACUAACAAGCUGCAGGUCAUCCUUUACCGAACUUAACAACUGAGCUGCCAAGAACUCCCAUUCCUAGCCCAGCCUCCCACACCCAGGCUGCCACCAGCCUCGCUCCUUGCUUCAUUUCAGCCAGGCUGGCUCAGGGCUGGGAGCCCCUCCUCAAUCCCCGCUGGGGUUAGGUGGUGUGUGGAGCCUUGGCUUAUCCCCCUGGGGGUAACUGCCCUGCUUGGGGGGGACGGGGAACCCUCUGGAGCUGAUUGUUUUUUCUCAGGAGAGGAACAAGGAUUUUUGUGAUGGCCUGGGACACCCACGUGGUGAUGGCUGUCCCCCAGCAUCAGUCUGGUCCUGCCGGGGAGGGAUGCGGUAGCUUGUAUUGCUGCCUUCCUCCCCUUGUCCCAGGAGCCAGUGGUCAGCUUCUUUCCCCUCACUCUGGUCACCCCAAACUAUGCAGGGAGGAUCUCCUCAGAGUUGGGUCCCUGCAGGGUUCUGGGAGGGCUGGGAUAGGAACUGGGGACCCAGCAGCUGUUGCCCCAAACCUGGGGUGGAGGACAGGGAAGAUCCUGGCUGGGAGUGCUAGGAGACAGGACUGGGUGGGCAGAACUCUCGUCCCAUCCCCAUCUCUAGAUGGAAGGAGGAUGCUGUUUGGAAGUGAGUGCCAGAGAAGGCUGCCUUGGCAGCAGGCUGCCCAGCAGAGCUCAUCCCUGCAGCCUUGUUAGCUUUGCUCCUUCUCUCUGCUGUUUUCUCUGCUUGCCUUCCUGGGAUGCUGCUUCACUCUCUUCUUCACAGAGCACUGCCAGGUCAUGCAGCAGGUACUGGCUCUCAGGCUGGCUAAGGGUUUGUGUGCAAGCCCACAGCUGGAUGGUGGUGAUGCCCUGGGGCAGGACAUGCUGAGUAGGAAGAUGGGGCUGUGUUGGUGGCUCUCCGGGGAGGGGUACCCAUCAGCGGUUUCUGUGCUGCAGAGGGCCUGGCUGUGGGCAACAAGGUGCCAUGGGAGGAUGGAAAUGAUGAAAAGCAGGGUCUGCCUGCCCCGAGCAACCAGUCCAGCUGGCCUGGCCACCCCAGCAGAUCCUGGGUUGUCUAGAUUCAUCCCUGCUGAUGGUGGGGCUGCUUGUAUGGACUCUGCUCUGCAGGGAUGCCCCACAUGGCUGGAGGCUGGUGCUGUACUGAAAUGUGUGUGUGUGUGUCUGUGCUUGGUGUGGUGUACAUGGGUCCGGCUGUGCCUGGGUAUGCUUGGGCUGUGUCUGUGUCCAUGUGUGUGGCUGGUUGCAUGUUCCUUGUGUUCACAGAGAGUCUGGCUAGUGCCAAAGAGGAGAAUGUGGGCAUCCACCAGGUCCUGGACCAGACCUUAUUGGAGCUGAACAACCUCUGAGCUGCUCUGGAGAGCUCCUGUCCCUCUUCCCUACCCCACAUGUGCAACUCACUGGCACACUCAGGAUGUCAUCAGCUGAACUGUCUUGGCCAAAUCCACACACCCAUUGAGAAGGGAAGCCCUGCAGCCUUACGCUGUGGCUCAGGGGUGUCUUGUUUGUGCACAGUCUGACUGGCUCUGUCCUGUCUUCAUGUCCAAAUAUUAAAGCAGUUUGACAAGA